CCGGCCCGAAAUCUAGAAUCAUCGACUCUUGGCUCGAACCCUCCAGACGGAAAGUACAAAUUCAACGACGCAACUAUUGAUUCUUCCACUGCAGGCCUGCUACCAAGGCCCGAUGGACACUUUAUUCGCAAGGGUAAUUGUUUAUUCACCUGGUCUGCAUUUUUAAAAAUUCUUUCUACGUCUAGCACUUUCCAUUAA